AUGCCGCGCAAAUCUUCUGCGGCCGUCUCGAACUCUCGACUUCCCCUUCGACUUCCGAAUAUCCCCUCAACGAAACGGCGUAUAUUUGGGGUAACCCAAAAAGAGCUUAACGCGAUUUUCGGUACCGUUCGACGGUUCUCGGACCUAUACCUCGACCUCAAUCACCUCGCUACGCACCAGGAGGAACGACUGAUUCAAGUCGAGAAUGCUGUGAAAGAAGCAUAUCCCAACAUUUUCAGUAAUGGUGAAACUAAGAUUCAGCACCUCCGGAAUUGUAUAUAUAGAAAUCAUGACGUUGCACGAUCAGCGAGGAAAGUUACCAACAGAGGAGGAAUGGGAGAGGUGGUGGAGACAGGCACAAGGGAAACUCAGGUUUCUGAUGAAAGUGGUGAAAGUGAUGCAGAGGCUAUGGAUGAGGAUGCUGGGCCCUCCAGCGCUAGUGGGCGUUUGAGUCAGGGUUCCCCCGUGCAGCCGGAAAGCGAACCCCGGAACACCCACUCGUCUAGUGCAAGGCAGGCUUCAUUGCCCCCUGAUUCAGUCGAAGAGACAGUGCACGUCCGCCCCAGUCAUUCUGCUCCAUUACGAAGGAGAGGCUGCCCACCGAAGCAAAGUGCACAACCCACGGAGGGGAGCGGGGUCACUCCUUUCGUCAAUGCGUCAGCUUCGACUAGUGCAGGGCAUGAUUUAUUGCCCCUUGAUUCGGUCGGGCAGGCGGUGCAUGUCCACCCCGGUCAUUCUGCUUCACCACGAAAGACAGGCCGCCCAUCGAACCGAGCAACGGAAAGGAGAGGGCUCAUACUUCCCGUCAACUCAUCAGCUUCGGCCAGUCGACUCCCCAACCGUCAAGUCGAGGUCGUCAUUCAAUCUACACAACUUGCAUUACCUCCAACCGUACACGUUCCGCCGCCUAAUACUCAGCCCGAAACGCCUCCCAACGACGGCUCAGAUCCAGGUUUAAAAGAAGUAAAACAAUUCCUAGCGUCAACGUGCAAACCAUCCCUCAUCCACCUCCUGGACCACCUCGUGCACUACGGCUGCGUCAGCGGCGAUUUCCUGCGCUUUUUGGCGGGACGGGCGGCGAGGGUUGAGGAGGAGGAGUUUCAUAAGUAUUUGAGGAAUCAUUUCUCGAAGGGACGUGCACGUGCACAUGGACAAGAAGGGAGGGAUUUGACGGAGAUUGAGAUUUUGGUUUUGACGGAGGGGUUGUUGAGUUUAAGGGGUGAUAGGUGA